AAUAAUGAAAAAAAGAGAGAGGAAGAAAACCCAGAAUCCUAAUCUCCUCCCCAGCCAUUCACCCCAAAUCUCAUCUUAUCCACUCCCCCCCUUGUUCCUUACCUUCACAAAAAACACCAAUCUCCCCCUCGCUAACUCCCAGAUUCUUAACCAAGCAGCAGAAUCAGAGAAACAUAGAAAAAGCAUCAUCUGCUUCUUCCUCACAAAAAUGGCAGUCAUAUCUCCUCCAACUUUCUCGGCAGCCGCCAUCUCCACCUCCGCACUUAACUCCACCAUGAAAAAGAAGGCCGGCGUUACAUUCAUACAAGGACUGAACUCCUACGGCGGCCUCAAAGCGCAGAACACAGUAACCCCCAUCGGAGUCUCACAAUGUGCUGAAAAGUCAUUCGCCAUGGUUAUGAGCUCCAUCAAGUCUUCUCCAUCGAAGAAACAGAAGAGCGGAGGGGGAGCAUUCUCCUCAACCUGCAACGCAGCUGCUGAAAUAUUCAAGAUUGCAGCCAUCAUGAAUGGACUGGUGCUCAUUGGCGUGGCUUUGGGCUUUAUUCUUCUGCGAGUGGAGGCAAGUGUGGAAGAAUCGGAAUAGGAAACAUAGCAAAAAAGAAAUCUUUGCGUUGUGUCUAGAUUUUUGUGCUUUAUAUUUCAGUAAGUAAAUUCGGAUGAACUGUAUUGGAAUAUGAAGAUUUAUGCUACUUGAUUGAUUUGGAUCAGUAAAAGAGAUGCCUUUAUACUUUUUAUAA